CGGUUGUUUCCUAUGACGGACAAAAUGCCAAAGAUACUCGAAUAAUUAUCUUACCAGUUUCCAGUCGGAUAUUUCCGGUGCGGAGUUUUGAAUUAUACGUGGGAAAAGUUGUUGCAGACGACCCCUUGAAAAGAGAAAUAAAAGUUGAGGAAAAAUUACAAAAGAUUUUAGAUUUACGGAAAAAAAGAUUGUCUUGUUUAGUUUGUGGUGUCAAAACCCGAGAAGUUUGA